UACCCGUCGGAGCGCGCCUACAAUAUGAUGCUUGCCCGCGCAGCCGAGCGGAAGCUCCGACGAGAUGCAUUCCGACCCAAUUCAAGAAGCUCGUUACCGAGCGAACAAUUCAUAUCAUGGCUCACUCCCGCGCAGACAAGGCGGGCCGCCACCGUCGCCGCACCGUCCCCCAUCACGACCAACUCACAUGACACCAGGAAGCAGCGAUCCACGCCCUUAUCUUUCACCUCGCGAUCCGAAUCACGCUCCCUCGCCACCGCCGCAGACUCUCAGUUCGCCUCGCCGGCCUCGAGCUUCGGCGGCUUCAUGCCGCCAUGGAAACCGCGACCACAGGCUCCCCAUGUAGCAAAACUCGAUAACUGGAAUCCCUCCCAAACCCUCAUCCUUCGCGAUCCUGGGAUUCAACACACAACUCCUAUCAAGUUUGGAAUUGGUGGCGAUACAGCAGAGCUCUACCAAAAUUUACACGCCUGCCUACGCGUUGGCCUCUUGGACAGAGCCACGGCCAUUCUCGACCGCCUGGUCAAGAUGUGUAACCCAUCAUCCCCCGAGGUUGUCGAAGCGCACAACAUGUUCCUGCAGCAUCUGCUAGAAAAGGCAGAGCAGAAUCCCACUCCGGAUGCCAUGCGUGAGAUGGAAGAGUGGUACGACCAGCGUAUGGUUCGCAACGCAAUCGAACCAUCCCCGGACACACUCGUCAUCUUACUGCGCGGCGCAUUGAACUUCUUGGACGGCUAUGCUCUUCAAGCCGCUCUGGCCAAAUACUUUAUGGUAGCUGAGGAAUGUAGCCCUGAUGCGAUCGAUGUCAUCAACAACUCGGACGAGUUCUCAGACGACGAAUGGGACCGUCUGAUCCGUUUCCAGUACUCCAAAUACAAAUCGCCACCGCCCCCCUCCGAGUCGCAACAAGCUCCAAUCAGCACUCCCCUCGGCUACGAAAAGCUCAUCGAACACGGGUUUGUGUCCAACCCGGCACACCAGGUCAAUUCCGUGGAGCAGAAGGGUUAUGGUCUCGAGACGCUCAAAAACUCUCUUGCCAUGUUCGAUGCCACCAAAGAUGCGGUACCUUAUCCACACGAAAUGGAAGGCUCACAGGAAGAGAAGGAUAGAGCAUAUGCAUUUGCGCGGCAGUUGCGCAUCGAGACAGAUGCCUUGGAAGCCGCCAUCAAGCGUUGGAAGGCCGAAGAUGAGAAGCUGCAAGGCAUUGGCAUCCACGGCGUUCUCAAAUCAAAGCCCAUCCAAGCAUUAUUAUGGCAAUGGUACAGCGCGCUCCUGCCGCUUAUCAAACGCGAGAUGGCCCAAACUAAAGAGCUCUUGGCGAACCCUAGUCCCGCAAAUCAGCGCGAUGAUCGUCACAUAUACGGGACAUAUUUGGACAACGUCAAGGCGGAGAAGGUUGCUGCCUUGACUGUAUCGCGCGUAAUACAGUCGUGUGCACGAGGAGCUCACGCUGACACGGACACUCUCAAACUCUCUGCCCUCACACAAGCCGUCGGUGACGAUAUCGAGCAGGAGUACCAGUUCGAGAGUCAGUCCAGGUACAAGGCGCAAGUGAAAAAGCAACGACGACUAGCUCGAACUGGAAUGUUGGAAAAGUUGAGAUUGAGUCCGGAAUCCGCACCCGAUAAGGCCACAGCACCCACCUCUAAUGCAAAUCUGAUUGCCCCACUUGAAUUGGCCAAGUACUCCCGGGACCAGUUUCCUCUGAUUGCCAAAACGAAGAUUGGGGCCAUGGCAUUGGAGUUGAUGCUCAAAACGGCCACCAUUACCGUCACUGCCGAAGACCCCAAGACUGGUAAACAGCUGACCAGCACGCAACCUGCUUUCCACCAUCACAUGAGCUUCGUACUAGGGAAAAAGAUCGGCUUCCUGGCUCCUCACGCCGAAGUCCUCGAAAAAUUGCAGAGGGAAUCGCUACAUAACAUCAGCACUAGAGGACUCCCGAUGGUGUUUGAGCCCAAGCCGUGGUCAAGUUUUGACGACGGCGGUUUCUACGCUACCAAAUCCACCGUGAUCCGCACCAAGUCCGGUGACAGUUCACAGCGUGCGUAUGCGCAUACAGCAAUAGCGAAUGGGGAUAUGGACAAGGUGCUCGCCGGACUAGACGUUCUCGGGAAGGUGCCUUGGCAAAUCAACGAGAAGGUAUUUGAAGUCAUGGUACAGGCCUGGAACAGUGAGCAAGCUAUCGGCGGUCUGGUCGCAGCCAAUAUGAUUGGGGACCGGCCCGUUGAACCCUCACCUGAUGCACCCAAAGAAGAGUACAACAGCUGGGUGAAAAGGUUGAGAGAUUGGGAGAAUAGGAAGUCCGGUAUACAUUCCCAACGUUGCUUUCAGAAUUUCCAGCUGGAGAUUGCGCGAGCAUAUUUGAAAGAGAAACAGAUGUUUUUCCCUCACAGCGUCGAUUUCCGGGGCCGAGCAUACCCAGUCCCUCCAUUGCUGAACCACAUUGGUGCCGACCUUGCUAGAAGCCUUCUCAAGUUUGCCAAUGGAAAAGAAUUGGGCGCUGUCGGGUUGCAGUGGAUCAAAGUCCAACUAGCCAAUCUUUAUGGGUUCGACAAAGCCAGUCUACGUGAGCGAGAGCAAUUUGCCAUGGACAAUAUCGGUGAGAUUUACGACUCAGCGACCAACCCCCUGACUGGACGACGAUGGUGGGUUAAGGCUGAAGAUCCAUGGCAAUGCUUAGCUUGCUGCAUGGAGCUCAAAAACGCCCUCGAUUCGCCUGAUCCAACACGCUACGUCUCCCAGCUUCCGGUGCAUCAAGAUGGAACUUGCAAUGGUCUCCAGCAUUACGCAGCUCUCGGGGGUGAUCACGCUGGCGCAAGUCAAGUCAAUCUCGAACCAUCAGACAGACCACAGGACAUCUACACGGGCGUCGCUGAGCUGGUCAAGGACAUGGUCAGGGAGGACGCUGCCCGAGGCAUUCCUGAAGCUGUACUUGUUAAAGAUAAGAUCACUCGCAAAGUGGUGAAGCGGACGGUCAUGACUAAUGUCUAUGGUGUCACCUUUAUAGGGGCCAAAGCCCAGGUGUUGGAAGAAUUAAAGGAUGCGUUUCCGGAUUUCGCAGGAACCCCCGAGUUUCCAGCUCUACACAAGCCUGCGUUGUACAUUGCCAAGAAGAUAUUUGCGGCACUUGGCAAAAUCUUUAACGGUGCACAGGAAAUUCAAUACUGGCUCAAUGAGUGUGGUGAACGCAUCACGACCUCACUAUCCCCGGAGCAAAUCCAGGGGAUUAAAGAUCGCUUCGCCAGUAACCGGGACCCAAAAUCCAAAUCGUCACUGCAAGGCAAGGCCUUGAAGAAGGUGGAGAAGGAUCACGAAGCGUUCAAAACUAGCAUUAUCUGGACCACUCCUCUCAAAAUGCCGGUAGUACAGCCGUAUAGAAAGGACGGUGUGGAGACCAUCGCUACUCGUUUACAAACCGUGGCGGUGUCUAAACACUCUAGUUUCGGCAGCGUUAACAAGCGCAAACAACUGCAGGCUUUCCCUCCCAAUUUCAUCCACUCGUUGGACGCAACUCACAUGUUGCUCUCUGCUCUUAAAUGCAAUGAAAUGGGUCUCGAUUUCGCUGCCGUGCACGACAGUUUCUGGACACACGCCGCCGACAUUCCCAACCUGAACAUAAUUUUGCGCGAUGCUUUCGUGCGAAUGCACUCGGAAGACGUCAUGGGACGCCUUGCGGCAGAAUUCAAAGCCCGUUACGCAGGCCAUCUGCACAAAGCUGAUAUCAGGAUAUCAUCCAAAGUUGCCAAAAUGAUUAUAGCCUGGAGAAGGGAGCAUCGCAAACUGGAAAUCGGUACCAAGGCAUACACGCAAAUCAAGGAUGCACCGACUGAAGAAGUGGCACUGGAGGCUCAAAGGCAAGAGUUGCUUCACAGCGAGGACCCCUCGCUAAGACAACAAGGUGAAGAGAUGGUGACACCGACCAGCAUCUGGAUCGCACAUCAAGAUCCAAAAGCUCUUGUCUCCAGUCGACUCGCGCUCUUGGGUGAGACAAAGCAAGGGGGUACCACUGAGUACGACAAGAUCAAGGACAAGAUCCUAAGCACCGAAGCUGAGGCGGUAGAGACGAAGCUGAACAACUCCGAUCUGAAGUCGGCGGACUCGACACCUGGCUCUAUCGUCGCCGCUGCCAUUGAAGCGGAAGCUGAGAAUCUCAACGUUGACGAGAUCGAUGCGCAGAAGGAGGCUUCGCUUGCUGGAACAACCGAGGCGUCGAUCCAGUCGGUCAAGGACACUAUUCUUCCUGAGCCGACGGACGAGGACACUACUGCCCUAGAUGAGGACGAUGCACAGGAGACAGAAGAGCAGCUUGAAGUAGAGGGGGGACAGAAGGGCAAUGGUUCCACCCCGAAGCAGGCGAGGCUGAGCACCUACACUAUGCUCAAUGUCUGGGUUCCCUUGUCUUUUCCCCCUGUACCCAAAAAGGGGACCUGGGACGUUUCGCGACUCCACAAGUCCAAGUACUUCUUCUCUUAG